UUUUCCCGUGAGUGGAAACACUAGAAUGUUCGUGGCGAACUUACAAAGCUAGCUUGAUUUCGGAUUGUCGGACAUUCUAGAAGUCUCGCAGGUCCGAGCAGCGUCCAUCCUUGCUCGCAUACCCUCUCUCUCUCUCUCCCUCUCUCUCUCUCAAGGAUUCUAAUUUCUAUUAUCUGUUGUCAUAGUAAUAUCAAUCUCUGCGAAGCUUCCGAGCACUAAAACCCCUAAACUUCGCUCGUUUUCCUUUUUGCAAAGAUGUCGGUGUAUGAGAACGUCGUUUUUGGGAAGCUGAAGCUGAAGGGCAAAGCCCUGGAUGUGAAAGCCGGAGGGAUUCAAAAGAAAAAGAAACGGGAGAAGCAUUCCGACCGAUUUUAUAAGGCCGCAACAAUUGGCUUGUCAAGCGAUCUUCGUAGGGAGGAAGAUAUGGAUGAGACUGCGAAAGAUGGUGGGAGAGUGCAGGCAGCUGCAUAUGAUGAUCAUCUGACACCGGCAGAGAGGCGGUAUCUCCACCAGAGGGAAAAGAUAGAGCUUCAGAUGCUGGCCAAGAUGGCCACCAAAUCGCACCGUGAUCGGAUUCAGGAAUUCAAUCAGUAUCUGGCUAAUCUGAGCGAGCAUUAUGACAUUCCCAAAGUUGGGCCUGGCUAAGCCCCCUCCCUUUUUCUCUGUACUGUUGGGCUGUAUUGCACAUGCCGAGAGAGCAUUAGGACUCCCGGCUCCAGAAAGUACUACUGUCUUUUCUCUCUCUCUUUUGUUUUAAUAAAAUACUAGUGGUUGUCUCUAAUAAAAAUUACCCAGAUUUUAUAUUUGAUCAAA